AUGCAUUGGACACGUGCUAAAGUGCAUGGCCAAAUCCCACCCAAGGAUCUCCGUGCUCAGACAGUCAAUCUUGUUGGAGAGUCGAUAUACGUCUUUGGGGGUUGUGACGCCAAGAACUGUUUCAACACACUCUACAUUUUUGAUGCUGAUACCAUGCAUUGGUCACAACCUAAGACAUUUGGAUCAAUUCCUCCGCCUUGUCGCGCACACACAUCAACUUUAGUUGACAACAAGCGUUUGUAUAUUUUUGGUGGGGGUGAUGGACCACAAUACUUUAACGAGCUCUACAUGCUAGACACUGGUAAACAAAAUACUCUAACAUGGACGAAUCCGCAGACAACUGGUACGCGUCCCUGUCGAAGACGUGCGCAUACGACUUGUGUGUACAGCAACCAUAUCUAUGUCUUUGGUGGCGGUGAUGGUGUCCAAGCGCUGAACGAUACAUAUCAAUUGGAUCUGAUAACAAUGCAUUGGAGUGAGGUGAAAACAAUAGGUGACAUCCCACUCUCACGCGGUUAUCACACUAGCAACCUGAUCAAGUCACAAUGGAUCAUUUACGGCGGGAGUGAUGGACAAGAAUGUUUUUCAGAUGUUCAUGUCCUUGAUCUAGACUCGAAAGAGUGGACUAAAAUCGACAUCAAUAGAGCACUCCCGAGAUUGUCGCAUACAUCGACACAGGUGGGAUCAUACUUGUUUGUGAUUGGUGGACAUGACGGCAGCCGUUACUCUUGCGAUGUAGUGAUGUUGAAUCUGGUGACAUGGUCAUGGGAGACGCGUAAAAUAUACGGAAUUCCGCCAGCAGACCGAGGAUACCAUGCAUCGUUAUUGUAUGACUCAAGGUUGUUCAUGUUUGGUGGAUAUGAUGGGCAGACUGUGUUCGAUGACAUUUAUAUUCUAGACUUGAGCACUUGCGCUUAUCUGCCACAGAUUACAGAUUUUCAGGUACAGUUAUUUCUGCUGUAA